UCCCUCAGCGGACACCGUCGAGCCGAAGUAAACAUCGCAGUGACAAUGGCUCCCGGGCGCUCCGCCGUGCUUCUGGCCGUGUUUUAAGCGUGUGGCAUGUCCGCUUCACGGAGAGCUGACACCUGGGAAGUCUCUGAAUCUGAGGAGAGCGACGCGGAGACGAAACGUGAUGCGAGUGGUCAAAUAGAGCCGAGCGGCACGGCGGAGGAACACAGUGGUGAGCCCGGGUGCAAAGCCCUCCCGGCGGCGUCGCGCGCAGUAAACACGCAGAGCGGUCACGUGGUGUCUCCCACGCGACCCGACCCACGUGCCGCGCCGAGCCCCGCAAGAAGGCGCCGCAGCAAGGAGGAGAUCGAGGCGGACGCGCAGGCGGCCGGGCAGAGGAAGGAGGCGAGAGGGAGGCAGCGAGCAGCAAGAGCCCAUGAGAAGGAGGCGAGGAGACACGAGCAGCAGAGGAGGAAGGAGGCUGCGGAGGACUUGAAGCGCCUGCGCCCGGAGAACUACCUGAAGCGGCUGACUGUCUGCGUAGAUCCAGCCCUUCUGCAGCAGCAUGGCUCAGACAUCUUGCUGGACACCCUGGCUACCUUCGAGUGGAGGUUUACUAUCGAGCGCCAGUCGCUCCCACACAGCAUCACCUGGAUCAGAGAUCUACCUCAGGCGGAAGAUGGAUCGGUGGAAGAGGAGCAGGUGGCUCUGGUGCUGGGUCUCAAUGACUUUGUGGACAUGGUGAUCUCUGUGAAGAAAAUGCUCGGCGGUGAGGGGGAGGAGACCGGGGUGGGGGCUUUCCUCGGUCCAAUUUUGGAGUGUCUCAACCGGGAUGCCAAGAAGGUGAUCACUCUCCUAGUGACGGACUCUCAGCUAGAAGAUUACAGGUCGAUGUGUGGUGUGCAUUUACGAGACGAGAUGCUCCAGUCCCAGACAGGGUUGGAGAACCUGGACAUCACGGAGGUUAUUGUGUACCUGCAGCUCUGCAAGAAUAUCACCCUCGUCUUCCUGGACGGCUGGCAGGACGUCACUAACCACGUGUGUGCCGUCACCAAAGCCUUAUCAAAGCGCCCUUUCAAGCUGCUGACGGAGCGAGCCGAGCUGCCCUUCUGUGUGGACGGACCGUGGGCCGGCGGGGUUCGGGUGGAGCGGGGCGGCUCGGGGCUGAUCGCGGUCUGGAGCAGGCAGAUCCAGCAGCUGAACAGAGUCAGUCCUGCUGUGGCCUCCACGGUGACUGCAGCCUACCCGUCCCCACAGCUGCUGCUGCAGGCGUACCAGAGCUUGCAGUCAGAGGAAGACAGGAAGGGGCUUUUAGCUGGUCUCUUAGUGAAAAGUGGAGGUAAAGAGAGACGAGUGGGACCGGAGAUAUCAGCUCGGGUGUACCGCUGCUUCACCGCCCACAACCCGCAGCUGGUCCUGGACUGACUGUCCACUUGAGAACCGGAUGGACGGAUGUCAGCGAGGAUUAAUCUGGUAUCUAAGGACACUUUGUCACCACUAGGCUGCUAAUGUGUUCACGGUUUUGUUUACAAGCUAAAAAUAGGCCUUAUUUAUCAUGACCACCUUCUGUAAAGCUAUUUAUACCCAUCUGAACAGAUCUGAGGAAUGGAAUAGGGUUAGUAAAAUAUGAAAUUGUGUGAUGUGUUCUACAGUGUUUUUGUUCACCUGUGAAAUAGCUUUUAAAAUGAGCUGCAACAGAAUGUUAUUUGUUUUAUUUGAGAUAAUUUCCAGAGUAUGAAAUGUAAAAAACAAACUAAAUAAAUCAUAAAAAAAGAAGAAGCCAAAUGUUGAUUACAAAACACAUUUACAAAAUGUAAUUUCCAUAGUAUCAAAACAGCAACUCUUUUUCUCCCUGGAGUCUCCCUGAAAUGUAAAAGAGUCUAAUCUGGCAAACUUUAGACCUUCCAAAGAUUGGUAGAUUCAUCUUUUUUUCCUAUUUUUAUGAAUAACUCCAUGAUAUAAAUUGGCUAAAAUGUCAAUAUAUAACCUGGAUGUCCCUCUCUACAUCUAAUCUUGAUUACAAGUCUUACUACACACUCACUCACUUUCAAUAUUUUUUUGAUCUGAUUUGAUUUGUCAUUGAUUUGUCAUUGUGUUGUGUAUGCAUGUGUGUUGUAUAUGUACAUAUAUAUUUUGUUUUGUUUACUUUGUAUACUUCUAUAUCUUUCAUCCCUGUUUUUUAUAUUUGUGUUUUGUUUUUGUUUUUAUUCUUGUGUGUUUGGUUUAUUGGUGCUGCUACUUGUAAUGACAAAUUUCCCCUUGGGGAUUAAUAAAGUAUAUAUCUAUCUAUA